AUGAAAGAGAUAACCAUACUGCAUUAAAGCUCAACUGCUCUCAACAUACAAGAAGACAAAGGAUCAACCGAGAGAGACCCCUACAACCAUGGCCACAUCGGGCUACCCCUCCACCUCAGAACUGACGCUGGUUCUUCUCGGGACCCUCGGCUGCGGAAAGACUGCCUCGGCGGACACCAUUCUGGGCCAGGUGGCCGCCGCUUCCCCCUCCUCCGUCGGCUCUUCAUCCAGGGUCUGCCACCGGCGGCAGGGCAUGUCCGAGGGCCGCAAGGUGACGGUGGUGGAGGCUCCCCGCUGGUACUGGAACGGCCAGCAGGUGGAGGAGAGCGUGAGGAAGGAGAGCCAGCGUGCGCUGCAGCUGGCCGCGCCGGGGCCCCAUGCCUUCCUGCUGCUCAUCCCCGUCUGCCAGUUCACAGAGGUGGAGGGGCGUGUCCCUGUGGAAAUGAAAGAGGUGUUCGGUCCGGAGGUCCUGAAACACACCCUGGUCCUUCUCACCUGUGGAGACUACCUGGCAGGACAGACGGAGGAGAUAUACCUGCAGGGAGAGGACCCGGGUCUGAGGGAGGUGAUUGGCCGCUGUGGCGGGCGUUACCACAUCAUCAACAACCGCCAGCGACAUGACAGGCAACAGGUCCGCACCCUGUUGGACAAGGUCGAGGUCAUGGUAGCCGUGAAUGGGGGAGCCUACGUGCAGACCAGCCCACAGAGGGGGGUGAAGGACCAAACCCCUUCCCAGAAACAGCCGGCCAAUACGAGGGAGAGCUUCCGACUGUUGGAGGAGAAGAAGGCGGCGGCGAGGGAUACCACUGACUACCAGGAGCCGCCAGUAGCGGCCGGUCGGCGGGGCACAGACAUGACCAUGAAACCUGAGUUCCUGAGGCAUGAGGGUCUAUUGAGCAGUGAGGCGUUGGGGACGCAGAGAUCUCCACCUCGCCACGGCAACGGACUGGAUGGCAUGUACAGCUCCGUCAUCGACGACUCUGUUCUGGACCAGCUGAAUGCAGCAGAGCGCGCCACAGUGCCACAGAUAUCCAAGGUCAAGCCGAAUGAGAAAACGAUCCAAACUUCUUACCAGGAGAUCAACAGCAUCAGAGAGCGAUCCUCCCACCAGACCUCUCCCUCCUUCUCCUCUCCACAGUCCCCCAGCUCUGGCUCUUCAUCAUCACUACUAGCCUCUUCCUCAUCUCCAUCCCGACUGCCCCCCUCAUCCUCAUCUUCGUCACAACUCCCCUCCUCUUCCUCAUCUUCAUCACAGCUGCCCUCCUCCUCUUCCUUGUCUUCAUCAAAACAACCCUUCUCCUCUUCCUCGUCUAAAUCACAACUGCCCUCCUCCUCUUCCUCGUCUAAAUCACAACUGCCCUCCUCCUCUUCCUCGUCUAAAUCACAACUACCCUCCUCCUCUUCCUUGCCUCAAUCACAACUGCCCCCCCCCUCUUCCCUGUCUCAAUCACAACUGCCUUCCUCUUCUUUGACCUCGUCCUACCCCAUGUCUUCCUCUCCGGAGCUGCGUCUGGUGUUGCUUGGCAACUCUGGCGUUGGGAAGAGUGCGGCGGGAAACAGCAUUCUGGGUAAAGAGGGGUUUGAGACGCGGCCCAACAGCCUGGUGGCUGUCACGCAGCAAUGUGAGAAGAGGAGGGCGCUGGUCGAGGGCAGGAAGGUGGCAGUCAUUGACACCCCGGACUGGUUCCACGCAGAGUGUUCCCCGGACGAGGUGCGCGCCCAGAUCUCCUCCUGCGUGGCCCUGUCCUCCCCGGGGCCCCACGCCUUCCUGCUGUGUGUGCCCCUGGACCGGCCGGCCCGCUCGGAGCUGCAGACCCUCGGGGUCCUGGAGGCCGUGUUCGGGGAGGAGGCGGUCCGCAUGCACACCCUGCUCCUCUUCACCCAGGCUGACCAGCUGCGGGCCAACGGCAAGAUGGGCGGGGGCAGCGACGUGGAGGCUUACAUCGGCGCCGAGCGGGCGGACCUGGUGAAGCUGGUGGAGAGGUGCGGAGACCGCUUCCACGUGCUGGAGAGGGGGCCCGGGGGUGCCGGGGAGCGCAGCGUGAGCCAGCUCCUGGAGAGGGUGGAGCAGACGGUGCUCGAGGCGGGGGGCGGGUGCUACUCCUGCCCGGCCUUCCAGGAGGCGGAGGAGCGGGUGAGGCAGAGACAGAGGGAGAUCGCCCACGAGAGGAGGGGCGGUCGGGGGCAGCAGGGGGAGCCCUGGGCCGGACGGCCCUCCAUGCAGACGCUGCCCGAGGCCGACGAGGACCAGGAGGACAUCGCAGAGGCGAGGGACGAGGCGGAGAGGACGGUGGGCGCCAUGCGGCUGGAGAGCCUGCCGCCCAUCACCGCCUCCACCCUCAGCCCCUCCCUCAUGAGCUCCAUGAAGGAGAUGGUGGAGUCCACGGCCAUUUGGCUCCCCAAGAUGCUCUCGGACAGCUCCGUGAUGGUGGGCGACGGGGUGAAGAAGGUGGCCCAGAGUCCGGUGUGGGGGAAGAUGGGAACUGGAGCCAAGGAUGUCCAGAGAAUGGUUGCCGAUAGCUCGGUGUGGGAGAGGGUAAGGUCCGGAGCCGGUGGGGUCACCCAGCCCAUGGCCGAUAGCGCUGUGUGGGAGAAGAUCGGGGCGACCAAGGUCCCCGGGUUGAUGUCGGGCAGUUCCUCAGCACUCAGAUCUCGAGCCAAACUGGUCGCCGACAGUGCCAUGUGGGGAAAAGUUGGAUCCGGAGCAAAAUCUGGGGCCAAAUUAAUGUCCAACGGUUCCAUAUGGGUCGGGUCCGGGGCCAAGAGUUUGGCGCAGAGUCCCGUCUGGGGACAGGUUGGGUCUGGGGCCAAAAGCGGAGCCAAGAUGAUGGCAGACGGUUCUGUACGUGUUGGUGCUGGUCUCGGAGAAGGGGUGAAGAAGGUGGCACGGAGCCCGGUAUGGGGCAAGAUGGGAUCCGGGGCCAAAGCCGGGGCCAAAGCCGGGGCCAAAAUGGUGUCCGAGAGCCCCGUCUGGGAGAAAAUGCUGACCGAGGCUAAGAAGGUGCCCAUGGUAGUCGCAGGGGGGGCGUUACUGGGUCUGCUGCUCGGGGUUGUUUUGGGAGGUGUGCUAGGGGGCGCUAUAGGGGCCGCUACUGGAUCUGCGAUAACUGAAGUUGGCCGGAGAAAAUUUAGCAAAAACGGAAAUUCAGUUCAUCAAAUGCAAAGUGGAGGUAUGGGAAAUAUCAUGAUGGAAGGAGAGCAGUCACUACUACAAAGUGGCCAACAGCGUUUUAAAGCACAGUGACACCAAGAAUGUUCAAACGAGAGCAUUCAUGUGUUUGUUUUAUAUAUAUAGAUCUAUAGAUAUAUAGAUGUAUAUAUUGUGCACAGCAUUGUUUUAUGCAAUAAAUGCUGAUGAAUGUAAAUUUGUAGUAUACCAUACAAUUGUUUAUCUUUCCCUGUAAACCGAUCAGAUAUUCAUUGCUUUGGAACGGAAAUUCAUCUCAAUGUGGUAAUAAUGGACAGCAAUAAUUGUAUUAUAAUGCACAACAUAUUAUAUUGUGCAUUAUCUUUUGUGGAUCAAUAUGGAUCCAAUAUCGAAAUAUUUAAAUUGACCUUACUGCUUGAAUAAAGAAUGCAAAAAUGAUUGGGAUGAUUGACCAGUUCUUUCAUUGUUUAAUUCAAUAGUAGGACGUGUACUUCGGAAGAAAAUUCACAUUAUAGCACUUUACAAUAUUACCGAUACAACAAUUGAGAAAUAUGUACUAUGAAGGAAUGUAAAUACAAA